UGGCGUUCUCUGAAAACGAAAACAUUAAAUGACAGUUCAUUGGAGUUCUUUCGCCCAGCAUGUAAUAUUCAUUGUUUCAUGAUCGAGAAGGGUUAUCCGUAACAGGGUUCUGCGAUGGAGAAAUAUGAGAAAAUACGAGUUGUUGGUCGCGGGGCUUACGGUACUGUACACCUGUGUAGAAAAAAUACAGACAAUAAACUGGUGAUCAUCAAGCAGAUACCCGUGGAGCAGAUGACGAAAGAAGAGAGACAGGCAGCCAUCAAUGAGGUCAAAGUACUCUCCAUGUUGGACCAUCCUAAUAUUAUUGAAUAUUAUGAGAAUUUUUUGGAAGAUAAAGCUUUGAUGAUUGUCAUGGAGUACGCUGAAGGUGGCACCUUAUUUGAGUAUUUACAACAAAAAGGAAAUAAUUUGUUGGAAGAAGAGGAGAUUCUCCAUCUGUUUGUGCAGACAUUAUUAGCACUGCAUCACGUCCAUGCUAAACAGAUUUUACACAGAGACCUGAAAACACAAAACAUUUUAUUAAACAAACAAAGAAAUGUUGUAAAGAUUGGUGAUUUUGGUAUAUCAAAGGUACUGAGUAGUAAAAGUAAAGCUUACACCGUGGUUGGAACUCCAUGUUACAUCUCACCAGAGUUAUGUGAAGGCAAGCCUUAUAAUCAGAAAAGUGAUAUAUGGGCACUUGGAUGUGUUUUAUAUGAACUAUCUAGUUUGAAAAGGGCCUUUGAAGCAGCAAAUUUACCAGCUUUGGUGUUGAAGAUCAUGAGAGGGACAUUCUCACCGAUAUCUGAGGAGUACUCAGAGAACUUAAGAAUACUUAUUCUCAGCAUGUUGCACCUGGAUCCAAAUAAACGACCGACUAUAAGUCAGAUAAUGGCCGAACCAAUUGUUAUUAACUCACUAAUGGAUUUGUACACUGACAUAGGGAAAGUAGCAGUCCCUGCAAAAGUACAAAGGCCUUUAUCUGGAUUACCGACAUCAUCACGACAUAGAGGUCGGCUUUACAGCGCAAAGUCCUCGUAUAAAGGUUCAGCUAGCAAUAUUGUUCUUGACUCUAGUGGUGGUCUCCCCAAGCCACAAGCGUUGUCAACUAUUUAUUGUUGGGGAAACGGACUUCAAUCUCCAGUCAAGUUGCCUGUAUCGCACAGUGACACUCAAGUCAUAGAAGUGUCCACAGGGAGGACUCAGAAAGCUGGAGUCACUAAGAAUGGCAGGUUAAUUAUUUGGGAGGUGUCAUCAGUUGGGAAUAAUACUACAUUACCAGGUUCAGUGGAGCAACAGAUACCAACUUUUGUUGCAAGAUUUCUUGAAGGACAGUCUGGGGUGACUAUAAAACAUGUUUCAUGUGGAGAUUUAUUCACUGCUUGUCUUACAGAUCGGGGUAUCUUAAUGACGUAUGGUAGCGGUGCUAAUGGGUGUCUUGGACACGGGACUUUUCAUGACGUAUCACAAGCCAAGAUUGUUGAAGAGUUACUGGGAUUCGAGGUGAUACUUGUAUCCUGUGGUACAUCACAUGUCAUUGCUAUUACUAAUGACCAUGAAGUCUUUUCUUGGGGUAGAGGAGAUAACGGGCGUCUUGGACUUGACACGACCGAGAGUCACAAAUCUCCUCAACCUGUUAUAAUACCAGAUCCAUACCAAGCUAGGUCAGUUCACUGUGGCGUGGAUUGUUCUAUAAUAGUCACAGUGGAUGGUACAUUGCUAGUCUGUGGUAAUAAUAGGCACAACAAAUUAGGUUUGGAUGACAAUGGUAAAACACCACGUCAGGUGGACGAAGUACAUAUAUUUACGUCAGUUGUAUCUGAACCACUGAGACAAUUACACAUUAAGUCUGUUGCUAUAGGAACAUCUCACACUGCUGUUGUUACAGACAAAGGAGAGUGCUACACAUUUGGAUCAAAUCAAUUCGGACAAUUAGGACAUGGUGUGGUUGGACAGAAUCGACAAAUGGGCAAAGUGUUAUUUCCCGAAGGUACGAAAAUACUGGACGUUGCAUGUGGUGAUACAUACACUGUCGCCAUAGGUUCAGAAGGGGAAGUGUUUUCCUGGGGCAAGGCAGCCAGGGGUAGACUUGGAAGGUCUGAAGAAACUAACCAUCUUCCAAUCCAAGUUGAUUUUGGUGAUGAUGAACCUUUUAUUGUUACCUCGGUAUCCUGUAGUCAUGUCAACACACUCCUAGCAACAAAGCCAUUGUCCUCUCCAGAUUGUGAUUGAAGAACACCUUGGAUUAUAAAAGGAAAAUGAAAUGAAAACAAUUCCAGUGUAUCAAUAUUUACAUGCCAUUGGUUGAAAGAAAUUAUGAGAAUAAAAUUGUGCAAAAGUAGCUUACCUGCUAAAAGCCUCAAUGGAUAAAAGUGACAUUAGCUAAUGAUGUGUUGCUGCAAAAUGUUGGGACUGAUGAAAUUUUAAGUUUGAAAUUAUAUUUUUAUUUGUUAUAUUGUAUUACAAGGCAUUAUUUAUUAUGUGUUUUUUAUGACAGAAAAUCAAUGUUUUUAUAAAUCAAUUAUAUUUUUAAAAUUCAGCAUCUUACUAUAAAGAACAGUUUUAACAAUUGACUCCUGCAUAUUUAAUGAGAAUUUUCAACUUUCCAAAAGUUGUUUUACGUGAUUACAAAAUUUUAUUAUGGAACAUCUCAGCACUUCAAACCUUUUAGUGAUUUGUGGUAAACCUCAAGGUAGUUUAUUGCUUGAAAAAGGCCAUUGCUAAAUUAUUUUUUAUCGCCACGGCAAUUAUUAGUAUAGCUGUUGCUUUUCUAGUUUCUGUUCAACCUUCAUUUUAAUUAAUCAUGUCUCAUAAUAAUAGCCACAUUUUCUGUAUUCCCAAUAGGAAAAAGUGUAUGAAUAUUAAAUUAUAUACACAUGUAAUCUUUGUUGUAUAGUGUAUUUCUUUUAUUCAAAACUAAUAGUUCCAAGCCUCCUCAAUUAGUUCAAACUGUUUAUUAAUCAAUAAUGAUGAGAUUGCAAUCAA